AGUGAAUCUCCUGUAUCUUUACCUUCCAAAGGGGAGACACUCUCUACUAACAAGACAAACUCAUUUUCAUAUUCAUAAACACUAAGAUGUCACAUUCACAGAUUCAGCAAGUGCUUGCAGUCAAAGCUCACGAAGUUGCCAGUGCAACUAGCGCCCACGCUAGCGCUUCAGCUCAUGGGAGUCGUCAAGAUCUGAGCCUGUUCUUCUACAUAUUCCUAACAGUCCUUGUGAUUUACUAUUCAUCUCACCGCUCCAUCAUCUCCAAGAGACGUCACGACAUUCCCUUGUUGUAAUGGCAUUGUGCCUUUUUUUUUACCCCAUUGUCACAUCUGCCUGAAGUUUUUGUGCGUAUACUGGGUGCUCUGUGACAAAUGUGACAAAUGACUUUUAAUGACUUUACAACGACUACAAAACCACUAAUUUAUUUUACUUUCUGACUAAUUUGUUUAUUUCUUAGGCAACGAAUAGUUCGGGUCAAUUGAUAAUCCUUUGGCCAGCCAUGGAUUGGGUGAUCAUGGUAUAAUUUGUUUUCAUUGUGAGGCUGGAGAAGCCGAUUGCACCGGCAGAAAAAUUGUACUGACGGCGCACACGCAAUAACCUCAAAUUGAACCAUGGUGAUUAACUUGGAUAAGAAAUUAAUUUUUUCUAAUACAUAGGGCUUUUUUCAUUCAUGAUGCCACUUUUUUCAUUUAAUUGACCCAUUGACGUAUUGUAUAUAUCUCUAUAAUAUAGUCUGCUGGUAUCUGGACU